AGGAGGGGAGAAGCCUCCAUAAGCAAGCUAUAGCUGAAUUAUAAAUAAUUAUUAAUAUCGCACCAAAAUAAUUAUUUUAAAUACAAAAACGGAAGCUCAUUGGAACCAAGAUUAAAAACCUGAACAACGUCGCAUUAACUCGCUGGCUACUCGACACCUAUCGGAUAGGAGGUGAAAUGGAGGGAUAAUUCCAAAGAAAAGAAAAAGCGGCCUAUUUUGUUUCCGAUAUCCAGGAGCCGCUGCUGCAGACUCGCGGUCGCAGUAAACAUCUAGCAGCGUUUCUGUCGUUUGCUUUAUUUGUUAACUGGUUUAACAAGUCCUUGCGUCGAUUUCUUGCUUUGUCUGCGUUUGAUCUAUAAGCCAGCUAGCUGUUUAGCUAGCUAGCCAGCUUUAAAAGUAACGAAGUAGGAGGGGAUUGUGUGGAGCGGCCUGUUUUGUUUUUGCAACGACACCGCCAUGAGAAACGGCGGACAAUAAACAUUUUUUUUCCAUCUUAAUAUUUUUUCGGAGGUCUCUUAAUGCUUUGGAUCGGUGCAGUAUCCGGGGGAGGAAGAAGUGGUAUUACUCCAGAAGCAAACAUCGAAAUCACAGAGGAGCAAGAAAAAGAGAACGACUGGGAUCUAAGGGCUCGGUUUGAAUUCUGGUACAGCCUGCGUACUACCAGCUAGCUAGUAAUUGGAAGCCAGAUUUGACUCGACAGUAAUAGAGCGCCACUAGCGUUUUGUUGUUGAAUUAUAGCUCAAAAUAGGAGUAGCUAGUGCGGCUGUUAUGGAAGACAAGUGAUCUGUUUUGAAAGGAAAUACAAUUGGAAUAAUUUUUUCCUUGUAUGUCAUUAUUAUUUUUAAAUAUAUAUAUUCAAGUUAAAGACGUCCAUUUGAUGAUGAUGGUUUGGGCGUAUUUCGUGCCAUGGAAGAGGGGAAAGCGCUAAAGCUAACUGAUGAUGACACGCUGUUGUUUUACAUUUUGCUCCUAAAUACAGACUGUUUUAUGUGUGUAGUGACAGCUUGAGUUAGAGGGAUCACAUUGCAUCGUCCCUAACAUUUGGGAUACAGCAACGAGCCACCUAUUCAUCUUUUUAUCCCCCAGAACUGAUACUGCCACGAUACAUUUUAUACAUCCAUGCUCACGGCAAGAGUAGCGAGCUCCUCGCCCUCCUUGGAAGCUAGGGUCGACGAAGUAUCGAACCAGAACUGGAUCUAUCUGGUGUGAAGCUGCUGAAAUGAACCCGGUGAAUGCCACCGCUCUCUACGUGUCAGCUUGUCGUUCGGUGCUGCAGUGUGAUCCGCGGGACCCUCAGUCCUUUGCCGAGCUUUGUAAGCUCCUGCCUUUUUUCAGGCAGUCCCUCUCAUGCCUCGUUUGCGGGAAUCUGCUGCAAGAUCCUAUAGCUCCCACUAACUCCUCUUGCCAGCACUAUGUUUGCAAAGCCUGCAAGGGAAAGAAGAUGAUGAUGAAGCCAUCGUGUAGCUGGUGUAAGGACUACGAGCAGUUUGAGGAAAACAAGCAGCUCUGCAUCCUGGUGGAGUGUUACAGGAAGCUCUGCGAGUACAUCACCGAGUCGCCCCUGGCCCAGCAGAUCGCCAGCGUUGUCGGUGGCUCGUCUGACAUUUUGGCUAUGCUGAGAGAGGGCCUGUCGUUGACUGAGGUGAAACCCGAAGAGACCGAGGUCUGCCUGUCGCCCGACCUGUCACAUUCCCCGAGUCCCUCCACUUCAGAGGAGCAAAGCGCGGCCCAGCUGGAGGCCCCCGGCGAACUCCCGGAGGCCCCGCUGACGCCGCCGAGCGUCAACGGGCUGCAUGACUGCAACGGCCUGACCACGGCGGAUGAGCUGGCGGCCAUUUUGCCCUCCCCGGGGACGGCGGCAUCUGUCGCAAUUGACGUGUGCGGCACGGUGGCGGUGGUGGAGGAGGAGGAGGAUGAGGACGAGGAGGAGGAAGAGCUGAAGGUGGAGAGUUUCAGCCGUGAGAUUCCCGUCUGCGAGGCGGUGGCAGCGGGAGAACUGUGCACGGACGGCAUCCACAUAUGCAGCUUCGGCGAGGACAUUAAGCACGGGAGCGACCCUCUGCUGCUGAGCGUGGAGGAGGUGCUUCGGAGCCUCGAACCUGACCCCGACCCCGACCUGCUAGCUGAGGACGAGCCUGAGGUCCUGUCCCCCUCCUGCUUGCAGGCCUCUGGGACCCUCAACGGGCCUUUCCUCGAGGCGCACCGGCAGCCUUCCCUCCCCAUGGACUCUGGGGCCUUCGCCCCCUGUCAUCUACAGCCCCCCCUGUCUGGGAUGUCCUGCUCCGCCGCCACGCCCAGGGCACGGCCCAACAGGAAGCGCUCGCGGUCGGAAAGCGACAGCGAGAAGAUCCAGCCCCUGCCCAUCUCCACCAUCAUCCGGGGCCCGCCCCUCGGCACAGCGCCCAUUGCGAUCAAGCGGGAGCCCAAGGCCUUGGUCCAGCCUGUAGCCGCGGUUCCCAACGGCGGGGCGCCUAAGGUCACCAAGACCCUACUGUUGUCCAGCAAGGGCAUUAAGAAAGCCCCUGAACAUGGGGCCAAGAAGGCCUACACCAAGGCCAAGCAGGGGGUCCCUAAGACCAAGGACAAGAUUAGAGAGAGGACCCCCAACAAUAGCUUGAUUCCAGGGAGCCCCACAAAAGUGGUCUACAAGAAGCCCCAGGAGAAGAAGGGCUGUAAGUGCGGCCGGGCCACCCAAAACCCAAGUGUUCUUACGUGCCGCGGCCAGCGGUGCCCGUGCUACUCCAACCGCAAGGCCUGCCUGGACUGCAUCUGCCGGGGCUGCCAGAACUCCUACAUGGCCAACGGCGAGAAGAAGCUGGAGGCCUUCGCAGUGCCGGAGAAGGCCCUGGAGCAGACCCGGCUCACGCUAGGCAUUAAUGUCACCAGUAUCGCCGUGCGGAACGCAGGUGCCAGCCCCAGCGUCCUCAAUGUCACGGCCGGUUCCCCCGUCACUUCGUUCCUGGCCACCAGCCCUCAUGACGACAAGAGCUUUGAUGAAACUCUCGACAUGAGGUUUGACUGCUGAGCCAUGUGGACGUGACGAUAUUGCCCUCCCCCUUUUCCCUCUACCGCCCAUAUACAUUUUCUGUGAGGUCGGAUGGGGGAGGGAAAAGAGUCGGAGUCAGGAGGGGGGGGUCCUACAAUAUGGCAGCUACUGUGUUCCAGUUCAGAUUAGUAGUAAAUUAGUAAAUUGCCAAAGCUCAUGCCUGUGAAUCACUUGUAUUGUGCAUUCUGUCUUAGACACUGCUGCAGGUUUGAAAAGGGGGAAGGAAUAUUGCUGUAAGUUUUCUUUCUUUUUUUAUUUUUAAUACUACAAGUGGUUUAUGGUACAUGAUCUUUGGCAAGAGAAACUCGACCUCGUUGUUGUGGGUCAUGAUAUGUGCAGAAUCGAAUGAACGGUUCAGGUUACAAAAAAAUAAAUAAAUGCAGAUGUGUUCGAGAAAUGGUACCUGCAAUGUCAGUAGAAACUGGUUGUAUUUAUAAUCUAUCUUUUUUCUUUGUUUUUUUUGUACACAGACUUAUCAAAUUCCAUUUAAAGAUACAUUUUAUGAUAUAUUUUAUAAGUUACAUUAACAACAUUUGCAGUAUUUAUUGGAUGUCAUCUAACAUAGAGUACUGUCUAUAGGGCACCAUCAGGAUACCAUUUCUACAGAUGCAAAGAAGAGAGAUGCAGUACCUACGGUUUCUGUCUAAAUUAUGUUGCUGUCCUGUUUGUGCUAGUUUCUGCUGUCUCAGAAAAAACAUUGUAUUUUUUCCCGUGGGGCAUUUAAAAACUGUAAUAUAAAUGUAACAUAUUUCCACAAAAAUGAAAAGGAAAACCUUAUUAUCA